AUGAUUAAUGUGAACGUGGGCGUGCUGGGGCACGUGGAUUCGGGAAAAACGAGUCUCUGCAGGUGCCUCAGUGAAGUGCUAAGCACCUGCGCCUUGGACAAGCACCGGCAGAGCCAGGAAAAAGGCAUCACCAUCGAUCUGGGCUUCUCGUCCUUUUACCUGAGGAGGAGGAAAAGGAACAGGGACGCGGAAGGAGCAGAGGGGGGCCACAAUGGGCAAAUCACAAGUCGGGAAAUUCCCAAUGGUAAAGUUUUCCAUAAUGAACUUUUCGAGGAAGAACAUUCUGAUGGUAGAGUUUGCAAUGGUAGUGCUUGUGGUGGAGAGGUGCCCAGCGGGGAGGGGAGUGCUGAUCCACUGAACUGCUCCUCCGCCGAAGAAGAAACGUUGCAGAUCUGUCUCGUGGACUGUCCAGGCCACCAUUCCCUCCUCAACUGUAUAAUUAUGGGAGCGGAAAUAACAGACAUGAUCCUCCUCCUCAUAGAUAUCACGAAAGGGAUUCAGAAGCAGACAGUGGAAUGUCUCGUUCUGUGCGAAGUGCUCCAAAGAGACGUCGUAGUUGUUCUAAAUAAAAUAGAUCUUGUCCCAGCGGAACAGAGAGAAAGGAGGAUCAAACUAAUGAAGGAAAAAAUAGAGUUGGUGUUUAGGAGUAAGGCCGGUUUGAGGAAUCUCAAAUGGUACGUGGUGGGAUUGUCUGCUCAGUUGAAAAAGGGAGAACCAACUGCAGGAGCAUACCCACCCAACUCCCUCCCCCCAACCGACUCAAAGUUGCAAUCACAAUCGCAAUGGCAGUGUCGUCCCGUUAGCAACGCCGAUGACGGGAUAGGCGCCUCCCCCCCGAGAAGCGAAAACGUGGCUCAGCUGAUUAACCUCCUGAGGGAAAUCAUCAGAGUGCCUACGCGGAGAGGGAAAAAUUCACACAAUGGUGGUGGCGAUGACAACAACGAUGAUGAUGGAAACGAUAGAGGAGGUGACGAAUUCUACUUCCUCUACGACCAUACGUUCGACAUUAAAGGAAAAGGGAGGGCCUACACGGGCACAGUUAUCCGUGGGACAAUCAAAAGGAACGCCACAGUCUCCAUACUACCAAUGAAAGAAAAGGGAAAGGUUAAGGAGAUUCAGAGCUUUAAACAGAUAGUCAAUGAAGGAACUCAGGGAAAUAGAUUAUCCCUCCUAAUAUGUAACGAUCACAUACGAAAUAGUGGGAAAAAAAUAGAAAGAGGUGUGAUCGUUUCGGAAAUAUCAAAUAUCGCGCACUUCUCCAUUUUUAUUUGUCGUGUAAAGUUGGUUCAAUAUUACGGGAGGAGUAUAAGUAGCUCCGAAUUACUCUCUUGUGUCAUUGGCUUUUCCACCUCUCCUUGUUAUGGGUACUUUUUUCGUCCUAUCAACAAGGACACUGGGGGCAUGCCGUCCCAACGGGGAAGAUAUCUUAAGCAAACCUCACCCACCAAGGCGUGUGAAAAAAAAACUUUCGAUCCGCAAGGGGAUUAUCUCUUUAUCAACCAAAUAAUAUUCGAACAGGAAGAACAGAAAAAAAAAGAAUCAGAGGAGAACCCCAAAUCAGACGAUGAAUUUUUCUUCCUGGUCAUUCUCAAGAAAAAGAUAUACUGCUACAAAAAGGAGAAAUGUAUUUUCAUAAAAAAUGAAGAAAAUUUAAAUUGCAGGAUUUGUCUCCAUGGAAUUAUUGAGGACAUCGUUGAUGAUGGCUACCCUCAUCAAAAGACGCCUUUCAUCGCAGGAAAGAAACCAACUCUUAGCGACUUUUCUCGUUUUAAGAACUUCAAAAUGUUAAUUGAAAAGCAGAAGAGGGGAGAGAUUGAACGCGUGCAGGACGAUCACACUGUGGUCUGUAGAAAUAUGUUUCGAUGCUCUACUCAAGUCGCACCCUACUUGGGAAAAGAGAUUUGUCUGGUGGAUGCAGAUUACAAGAGUGAUCUACGUGAUGUUGAAGUCAGACAUAUCGGCGUUAUAACCGCUCCGUUUGCAAAAAGUGGAAAGUUCAUCGCUCACUUUCAGGAAGAUCUUUCCCUUAUAAGGGAAAAUUACAAAUCCUUCCUCCUGAUUAUCAAGUAUUACAAGGACGCCCUCACAAAGAGGAAAGUGUUUCUCUGA